UCUCAGCAUCAGGACAUCAGUCAAGAGAUCUGCCCAGAUCCCCAUCCACAAUUGCCAGAACCCCCCAAAGAAACCAAGGCUCGGCUCGUUCCAGACUCCACAGAAGAGCAUUCAUAGGCCGAAACUGGGCCCUGGUCCCGGCCAGCCCCUCAGAAUGGUCUUCAGGAGAUUGGACAACAGCUGGUGGAGCUCCCGGUUCGUGACGGUUCCCUCAUCCCACCCUCCUGAGAAGCCAGCCUCUCCUGUUCAGAGCCCUCACGUCUUAAGAAAUUCUGAGGGACGCUGUCCCCGUGUCGCUGUGAGCGUCUUGUAUGAAGACCUUCAGGUUUCCUCCUCCUCUGAGGACAGUGACUGGGCGUGA